ACGCUUUUUAAAUUGAAAAAAAAAAAAAAUAGUUAUUUCGUUUGAUGAAAAAGCAAAGUAUACUGUGCGCAUGCGCGGGGAAACGCGCCUGCGCCAUGAAUCAAUGUUGUACAACCGUGCAUGUAGCGCAGAGAUAUGCAAGGGGGCUCGAGGUUCCCCUACUUUAUACAUUUUCCCCUCGAAUAGAUUGUGACAGAGGAAGAUAGACUCUGUUCUCUACCUUGUUUAUCAUAAACUAUUCGAGGGGAAACGAGAGAAAGUGGGAGAAGUCCAUAGCUCCCUUGGACAUCUCUGAUGUAGCGUAGUAGAAACGUGAACAGCGUAUUCUUAGUAGACCGGAGCGCAUCCGGCGCGAUGCUGGUGUGCGGUGUUUUCCGUACUGUGUUAUCGGUUUCUUUCGGCGCAAUCGUACAAAUCCUAAUAUUUCUACAAGAAAAUUCAAACAUCCUGAGAGUACAAGCUUCCCUUCCACCGGGAGCUGAGGACGAGAUUAUAUUAAUCGAACACCUGCCUGGACGAAGGGUUCAUCUUCAAGACUUCUUCUGGACCGACGCUAAAGAUGCUCCACCAUGGGUGGAUCCUAAUCAAGGAUUGACCUUUUAUGAAACUAGAACAAUUCAUCAUACGGUAACGCUUUACUCACCUGUCGAAGAUAAAGAUAAUCAUGAACCAAUAUCCCCGCAUCGAACUGACUCUUACGACCCAAAGUGUACUUCCUGUAUCGAACCAACCCCUACAUUUGACGAGGACGAGGAUCAAAAUAUCGGAGUUCUUAUCGGAGAAGAUCCUGGGCCUAGGUACUGGUUGCUGACAGUAUUACGAGCUGGUGAAACUGUACCGCCUAAGAUCGAAUUGAGAUUAGCACGUUUAUAUAGAACCGCAUUCUCGAGACAACAGCAACGUCACUUAGGUCUUUUGCAAACAGAUCCAAGACUUCGAAGGGUGGCAAGAGAUCAAACACUUGUUGAAAGAAAGCCAGACGUUGCCCAUAGCCAGAAAGAAAUGAUUGAGAAAAGUAAAUUAACAGCUCGAACAGAUUCAGAAUUCCAAAUAUCCAAGUUCAGAAAUACUCUUCUACCAAAACCUGACAUCAGUAAUAUCGAGAAUCACAAAGAUCAUACUUCAGUGGACGAGUACUUGAAAACGUCGAGUCUCAUUCAAGAAGAAGUAUUAAAUGAAAAUGUAUCUACAACUACACCAGUGGAUUUCAACGAAAGUACUACCGAGUAUAUAGAUGUAUCCUCUAAUUCAUCUUCUUUGUCACCAUUUUCCUUGAGUAAUCGUUCCAAACAGCAGAUAUUAAACAAUAUUAGUACAGAGCAGACAAACGUGAAUAAACGUUCAGAGUUCCGUUUGUUGGAUCAUCCUGGAGAUCAAACCGUUCAAGUUAGAAUGCAAAAUACAAGCGUGACCGAAAGUGGUGCUACCAAGUUGAUCUAUUCUGUUCACUUAGGUGGCAAACCUGUGCCUGCUGAAACAGCAGCCAGAGAUAUGGCUCUGUUAUCACCUCAGGAAGUCGCACUGGAGCUUGGUGCACCAGUUAUUAUUCAAAGUGAGCCUUAUUUGAAAGAAACUCAACCACUGGCUCUUUCGAGAAGAAGGGAUGCCUGGUUGUUAAUUGGUGCAGCAAGUGCAGGUUUUAUUCUCUUAGCCUUGAUUGUUGCGGGAUUAAUUUUUGCGGCAAAAAGAAAAAGAGCGCAUAGCGCGGUAGCUGCGCCACCGACUCAUCAUCUUCUGAAGAAGAAACGGGAUUACAUACAAGCCACUGCCGAUCUUGACAAUGCUUUCUCGACAUCAGAAGUAGAAGCCAAAACUGACGGUACCAGUCACAGACAGACUCCUGGCAGUUUAUCGAGGACUCCGGUGUCUCUUGAAAGUCCUGACAGUCUAGACGCAAGUAUUCACGAGGUUUCAAGCGACAACGACGAGGAACAGAAAAGAAAGGCGCGUGAACCAAGCCCAUGGGAACAUCCUCCGAAGAGAUCGAGAUUAGCACAUGGGAGAAUGUCUGAGACAAAUGUUAUGGAUACGUCUAGGACUUCCGAUUCAACAGAUGUGAUUGCCGAUCACUUAGAAACUUUUGAUUCUUUGGAAAACAAUUAUAGCAGGCAAGACGAAGAAGCCACUGCUUCGCCGCAUUCUUACCUCUCCAUGCCCUCUUGCAAACAGUUCCCCAGCAUGAAAAGCGUCGAGCCACUUUCCAGAGUUCUUGAACCAGUUAUGGUGAAACAUUUGGACAUAGAUUCUCCAGAACUGGCGAGACGGGAUAACGAUUACGCGAAUGUUUUCAGAGGAGAUGAACCAAUUGAUAGAAUUUUUGCGCGAACUUCAAGCGCGAUCAGAGAUCCUGGAGUUGUGGGUCCUAUUGUUUGGAAUCUUCGUAGACAGCACAUGUCCACAGAAGGUAAUGGUACAUCUGGAACCGAUGUUGAUCCAACGUAUGUAGCACCAUCUGGUCCUGUAGGAAGAGCAAGAAGAAGGCUUCACGAGCUGCUGGAGGAUUCCUUCAGUCUUUUUGGAAGUAGAGAUCCAAAGAAUGAGCAGUCAACUCGACCAACUUCCGCGAUACAUGCCCCAGAUGUCCUUACAAUUUUUUCAGAGACCAAAGGAAGAUCUAUCUAUAUCAGUCCUACGACAACACCGGUAACCGAAAUCAAGCCAAGACCCCGUACUUCAUUACCGGGAAAAUCCGUCGAGGAAAGUGUUAAUGAACAUUGUAAACCACCUCAGUCUCGUAGCGGUUGGGGGAGCAGACCAUUGAGUGCUGGUCCGUUUCAUAGACCUAAUUUACCAGAUAUAGACACAAGACGUAUACUUACUGACUGUCAACUUUCGCCAGAGGAUCCGGCAGUACCAUUGAUAGCCUCGAUUAAAAAAGAAUUGGACAAAUUCUCUCCACGAUAAAUGAUCACGUUGGUGAGUGAUAGCAAGGUCUUUUUAAUCCUUGAAAGUUAGGAAUGCAUACAUUCGAUGCUAGAUAUAUUUAAAUCGGUAUUUAAAAAUUAUACUCGUGUAAAUAUUUCAGGAAUUUUUUAUACGUACACUUUUUAUUGAUAAUGUUUGUAUUAUCACAUCGAACGUAUUUAUAUAAACUUAUUCAUUCUAACAUCCG